AUGCCCAUUCUAUCUCGAGUUUUAUCCGUUAUCCUCCGUGUUGGAGAGAUCGGUUUCGGAGCAGUUGUUGCUGGUAUCAUUGGCUCCUAUCUGCAUUCGUUCGACAAGGUCGACGCUUGGCCGGAGGCUCGCUGGAUCUACACCGAAGUCGUAGCCGGCAUCUCGAUUUUACUCGCGUUACUAUGGCUUCUUCCAUUCUCAAGCGGCUUCUUUAUGUGGCCCAUUGACCUACUCCUGUCAUUCGCAUGGUUUGCUGCAUUCGGCCUUUUGGUCGACGCACUCGAAGAUGUCAACUGUGGAGGCGUAUUUGAAUGGGGCCGUAUUACCGAUGGGGGAAGCUGUGCCCGAUGGAAAGCUUCCCAGGCAUUUAGCUUCCUUUCUGCCAUCUUCUGGCUUGCAUCGGCGCUUCUAGGAAUUUGGUUUUCCUUCCGCGUUCGUGAUCGUCAUACGCGCCCUAUUGCUGGAGAUGCCGUCUAUGGCCGUCGCCGGCGCUGGUAUGGCCGCCAUCGGGUUUAA